AUGACUGGUUCAAGUGCAUCCGAUCAAGAUGGUUUAGGACUUGUCACUAUCCCAAGAGAUGAACCUGAGGCUUCAGAAGGAAGGGAUCCUAUUCCUUAUAAUGAACAUAUUGCUAACCUAAUGCAACAAAUGGCCAAUAUGCAAAGAGAGAUCGAUCGACUUCGAAACCUUACCAAUUUGUCCAUUAGCCUAAAUACACCACUUCCCGAACAUAGGGCAGAUGCAACUAUUCCACCUGUUGACUCUCCCUCGCCUCAAGACUUCCUUCCAAAUCCUUCCCCUUUCAAAACCAAUAUGACUGCUCAUAAACAACCCGUCAACCAACCACAAGUCAAUUUCGCAAACAUCAACUCACAACAAACCAAUCCACUACCUUUCACUACCCCUUAUGUUUCCCAAACUCCAGUCAUCCAAACUACACUUACCCAAGCUCCACUCACUGAAACUAACCCACUUACCCAAAAAUCCCCACUCACCCAAGCCAACCCGCUCAUCCAAAAAUACCAAACAAUCCAACAUAUACCUGUGACACAUACUACAACUCCUAACAUGCAAUAUGUGCCACAAGUAUACGUAACAGAAGCUCAACCUUUCGUUACUCCAAUACCAACCAUGCCAGAAGUCGAUCCAUAUGAGGAGAUGGAGAGAAAGGCCAGAUCAAAAGCAGAUGAAAGUGUAGCUAGGGAGAUUCAUAAUUUGAAAGAAGCGUUCAAAAGUAUCCAACUUCACAAGGAGUGCGAAGGGUUUGAGUAUGAGGAUUUAUGUGUUCAUCCUGAUGUCGAGUUGCCUGUAGGAUAUAAAGUACCAAAAUUUGAUGUGUUUGAUGGGAAAGGAAAUCCACGAGCUCAUUUAAGAUCGUAUUGUGACAAGCUAGUUGGAGUGGGGAAAAAUGAGGCCAUUAGAAUGAAAUUAUUCAUAAGGAGUUUGACAGGAGAAGCACUGGAUUGGUAUACAAGUCAAGAUCCGAAGAAAUGGCAUAGUUGGAGUAUCAUGGCACAGGAUUUCAUGGAUAGGUUCAAGUUCAACACUGAGGCCAUACCAGAUAGAUUCUAUUUGAUAAAAUUAGAAAAAAAGUCGACGGAGUCUUUUAGAGAAUAUGCCAUGAGAUGGAGAGCAGAUGCUGCAAAGGUUCAACCUCCGAUGACAGAAAGUGAGAUGACCUCCCUUUUUAUACAAUCUCAAAAAGAUGCAACGUAUUAUGAAAAGAUGAUAAGCGUGGUAGGACAAAAGUUCUUUGAAGUUGUAAGGAUGGGAGAAUUCAUUGAAGAAGGUAUUAAAACUGGGAGAAUCACUAAUUUGGCAGCCUUACAAGCAACAAGUAAAGCAAUUCAGUCAGAUUCAAUUGGAGGAGCCUUUAAGAAGAAGAAGGACGGAGUGUCCGCUGUCAUGACCAUCCAGGAACGUAGGCCAAACCAAAUGUUAACAUACCAAAACCCUUUACCCCAACCUUCAUACCAUAAUCAGUAUACCCAAGUCCCUCAACCAUAUUACCAGCCUUCUGUCGCCCCUUAUCCAGUUUACACUACUCAGCCAAUAUAUUAUCCAUCCAGAGCGCCCACUUAUCCAAAUACCUCACAAUACCGACCUACAUACCCACCUCAAUCCCAUUAUCAAACACAAAUUCGCCCAUCAAAUCCACCAAGGCCCCGCCCAAACUUUGAAAGAAGACCACCCAAAACCUAUACACCUUUAGCCGAACCUUUAUCCCAACUAUAUGAAAGGUUGAGAACCGCAGGGAUACUCCAACCAAUCCAAGCACGAAUUCCCAACCCCCUUCCCGGAUGGUAUGAUGACACUAAGCAUUGCGUCUAUCACUCUGGAGCUGCUGGACAUGACACCGAGAACUGUCUUACUCUCAAGGACAAGAUUGAGGCAUUAAUCAAAGAAGGAGUUAUUCAACUCAGAGGUGCUGCCCCCAAUGUAAAUAACAAUCCUUUUCCAAAUCAUGAGAAUGUGAACAUGAUCACCAUUGAUGAAGAAUGCAAUUUGGAAGGGACUAUUUUGCCAAUCAAAGAAGAGAAGAAUGUUAUGGCAUCUGCCUUUAUUGCUCCCAUUAUCACAAUCCAGGCGCGAGCGCCAUUUGAAGUGGAAGUUUUGGUUCCUAAACCUAAGAUUACGGUUUUGGUUGCUCAAUCAACUCAUUUUGAUACUAAAGCAGUUCCCUGGAGUUACUCAACUGACACAAAGGACAAAGGGAAAGGAAAGGUAGUUGUAGAAGUUGCUGCUGCCGGAAUGACAAGAUCGGGGCAAUGUUAUGCCCCUGAAGGUGUUGCACGAAUCGUACCGAAUAAGGAAGUUAACCAAAAGAAAGUUGUGACAGAAGCUGAAAUAGAGGAUUUUUGGAGGAAAAUGCCAACAAAAGAAUAUUCUGUUGUUGAACAGUUGAAGAAGACUCCCGCCCAAAUUUCCUUGAUGUCAUUAUUGAUGAGUUCUGAAACUCACAGGAGCGCUUUGGUGAAAGUUCUAAGUGAAGCUUAUGUUCCGGCCAAUAUCACAAGUGAGAAUCUUUCAGCCAUGGUAGGGCAGGUUUUGGAAGCAAACAAAGUCUGUUUUCACGAAGAGGAAUUACCAUCUGAAGUCAUUGGCGAAAUUGAUUUGCCACUGCAAAUUGGACCCGAGGAGUUCGUGGUAGAAUUCCAAGUAUUGGACAUACCUGCUAGUUACAAUUUAUUGCUUGGGAGGCCUUGGAUCCAUAUGGCUGGUGCGGUCCCUUCUACCCUGCACCAAAAUUUGAAAUUUGUUUGGAACCACCACGAGAUUAUUGUUCAUGGAGAAGGUAGUAAUUCUAUGUAUCCUGAGAAUUCAAUCCCUGUUGUUGAAAGUAUGGAAGAACUGGAUGGGUCUGUGUUCCAUACUAAAGAGAUUAUGUGUGUUCAUCAAACCGAAAGGGUAAAGUUACCACGUGUGCUUGUGAUGGUGGCUUGGGAAAUGUUGAAGAAUGGUUUCAUGCCUGGUCGAGGACUUGGAGUGAACUUAGGUGGAAUAGUGGAACCAAUUCAAUUGUCGGGCCAGAAAUACACCUUUGGUUUGGGAUACAAGCCUACUCCUGAAGAAGUCUCAUUGGCCGAUCUCAAAAGGAAAAGUGACAUUUCAUUGCCCCAUCCCAUUCCGCACUUGAAUCAGUCAUUUUCCAAGGCAUAUAUUAUAAAGGAAUCAGAGGAAGACGCUGAAAACACCCUCGUGGAAGGACUCAAAAACUUAUUUAUAGAAGAAGCGGAAUGCAACAUGAUCUUGGAGGAUUGUACCGAGAUUCCGACCAUAUGGGAUGUGGAGCCUGGAGAUGCUUUGAACAAUUGGACUUAUAACCCAUCCCCGUUUCCUCGAAAAUCUUGCGAGCAAAUUAAUGAAUCUGCCAAUACCGAGAAUGUGACAUGUAAUGAAAUGAGCAAACAAAUCUCAAAUACUGAGCAAUCUUUUGCGGAAUAUGAAGAAGAGGUGCAACCUGAAGAGUUGACUGAAGAUUUUGAACAUUUUGAGAAUAAAAUAAAGCCAAAUUUGGAUGAAACUGAGACGGUAAAUUUGGGAGAUUCAGAACUAAUGAAAGAAACAAGAAUUAGCAUCCAUUUGACUCCGUCUCAAAGAAAGGAACUUAUUGAUCUUUUGGGACAAUAUAUGGAUGUAUUUGCAUGGUCUUAUGAUGAUAUGCCGGGUCUAAGCACAAACAUUGUUUCACAUAAGUUGCCAACUGAUCCAUCUUGUCCCCCAGUCAAGCAAAAGCCAAGGAAGAUCAAGCCUGAUCUGAGUUUAAAAGUUAAGGAAGAAGUUUCUAAGCAAAUCGAUGCCAACGUCAUCCGAGUCACAAAGUAUCCUACAUGGUUAGCUAAUAUAGUGCCAGUGCCAAAGAAAGAUGGAAAAAUCAGAGUAUGUGUAGACUAUCGAGACCUCAACAAGGCCAGUCCGAAAGAUGAUUUUCCACUUCCAAACAUUCACAUACUUAUUGAUAAUUGUGCAAAGCAUGAGUUGCAGUCAUUUGUUGAUUGCUUUGCAGGCUACCAUCAGAUUCUAAUGGAUGAAGAAGACGCUGAUAAAACGGCAUUCAUCACACCUUGGGGAGUGUAUUGUUAUCGAGUAAUGCCUUUCGGACUCAAAAAUGCAGGAGCAACAUACAUGAGAGCUAUGACUACCAUUUUUCAUGACAUGAUCCAUAAGGAGAUUGAAGUCUAUGUAGAUGAUGUCAUUAUCAAGUCACAAAAGAGCUCCAAUCACCUCACAGAUUUGAAGAAGUUCUUUGAUAGGUUGAGGCGGUAUAAUCUGAAAUUAAAUCCUGCAAAGUGUGCAUUUGGUGUCCCUGCUGGAAAGUUGUUGGGUUUCAUUGUUAGUAGGAAGGGCAUAGAAUUGGAUCCUUCAAAAAUAAAGGCUAUUCAAGACUUGCCCCCCCCAAAGAGUCGAAAGGAUGUAAUGAGUUUUCUUGGUCGACUAAAUUACAUUAGUCGAUUCAUUGCACAGUCGACUAUAAUUUGUGAGCCAAUCUUCAAGUUGUUGAGGAAAGAUGCUGCCAUUAAAUGGACUGAAGAUUGUCAACAAGCUUUUGACAGAAUCAAGGAAUACUUGUCUAGUCCGCCCGUCUUGGUGCCUCCAAAACCGGGGAGACCAUUGCUACUAUAUAUGUCAGUAUCGGACAAUGCAUUUGGAUGUGUGUUAGGACAACAUGAUGAAACUGGGAGGAAAGAACAGGCUAUAUACUACUUGAGCAAGAAAUUCACGCCUUAUGAAACCCGGUAUACUUUAUUGGAACGCACUUGUUGUGCCUUGACUUGGGUUGCACAAAAGUUAAGACAUUACUUAUGCGCGUAUACCACUUUUCUCAUCUCAAGGAUGGAUCCACUCAAAUACAUAUUUCAGAAGCCUAUGCCAACAGGGAAGUUGGCAAAAUGGCAAAUUUUACUAAGUGAAUUCGAUAUUAUUUAUGUCACUCAGAAGGCCAUCAAGGGACAGGCGCUUGCUGAUCAUCUUGCUGAAAACCCUGUGGAUGAAGAGUACGAACCUCUUAAAACUUAUUUCCCUGAUGAAGAGGUGUUAUUUAUUGGAGAGGAUAUUUUAGAAGAAUAUCAUGGGUGGAGAAUGUUCUUUGAUGCGAAAUUCAAGUUUCUAUGCACUAACAAUAUGGCGGAGUAUGAAGCUUGUAUUCUUGGACUUAGAAUGGCUGUUGAUAUGAAUAUACAAGAAUUGUUGGUUAUAGGUGACUCAGACUUAUUGAUUCACCAGGUACAAGGCGAAUGGAGCACCAAGAAUGUGAAGAUACUCCCCUAUUUGCAAUGUGUGAAGGAGAUAUGCAAGAAAUUUAUCAAGAUAGAGUUCAGGCAUAUUCCUAGAGCUCAAAAUGAAUUCGCAGAUGCCUUGGCAACCAUGUCUUCUAUGAUUCAACAUCCAGACAAGAAUUACAUAGAUCCAAUCAAAAUCAAUGUGCAGGAUCAACCGGCCUAUUGUUUCCAGGUGGAUGAAGAAAUGGAUGGAGAACCAUGGUACUAUGAUAUUGUGAGGUAUCUCAAAGAAGGAGAUUAUCCAGAAGGCAUAAGCAAUAUUCAAAAGAGAACACUGCGGAGGCUUGCAAAUCACUUUUUCUUAAGUGGAAAAAUCCUUUAUAGGAGGACUCCAGAUUUAGGUUUAUUAAGGUGUGUUGACUCCCAAGAGGCGAGCAAGUUGAUUGAAGAAAUACAUGGGGGUACUUGCGGGCCACACAUGAAUGGUUUUACUUUGGCAAAGAAGAUUGUGCGGGCCGGAUAUUUCUGGAUGACUAUGGAAACAGACUGCAUUCGCUUUGUGAGGAAAUCCUGGGGCAUGGAUGUCAUCGGUCCUAUUGAGCCAGCCGCAUCAAAUGGACACAGGUUCAUUUUGGUAGCUAUCGAUUACUUCACAAAAUGGGUAGAAGCAUCCUCACAUAAGUCUGUGACAAAAAAGGUGGUGACAGAUUUCGUUCGCAAUAACAUAGUUUGUAGAUUUGGCAUCCCCCAUUCGAUUAUAACAGAUAAUGGAGCUAACCUCAAUAGCGGUUUGAUGCAUGAGAUAUGUGAUAAGUUCAAAAUCAUUCACCGCAAUUCUACUCCUUAUCGACCACAGAUGAAUGGAGCAGUUGAGGCUGCCAACAAGAAUAUCAAAAGACUUUUGGUUUAUGGAACAGAAGCAGUAUUACCAAUGGAAGUUGAGAUACCAUCCCUGAGGAUAAUCCAAGAAGCUGAAUUGAGUGAUGCCAAAUGGAUACAAAGCCGAUAUGAACAAUUGAUGCUCAUUGAUGAAAAGAGAAUGAAUGCAGUUUGUCACGGACAACUUUAUCAACAUAGGAUGGCCAAAGCUUUCAAUAAAAAGGUAAGACUCAGACAGUUCAAGCCGGGACAAUUGGUGUUAAAACGGAUAUUCCCGCACCAAGAAGAAGCUAAGGGGAAGUUUGCGCCUAAUUGGCAUGGGCCUUAUGUGGUUCACAGAGUGUUGACUGGAGGAGCGGUGAUUCUAGCAGAAAUGGACGGAAAGAUAUGGCCGAAAGCCAUCAAUUCAGAUGCGAUUAAGAAAUACUAUGUCUAG